CCGAGCUUCACCCCAUAUGUACAAUACCCCAUUCACCACGGUCCUCCCUGCCUCGCUGCUUCUCAAACGCAAAGGGAGAACCUGGGUGAGGCACACUGUGCAACUCUUUCGCGCUGCCAGCUCCGCGUUACACACCUGACGUAUACUACAGCCCUGCUCUUGAUUGGCCGGAUAAUUUGCCUAGAGCACGCAGUCAGACCCCAAGGCCAAAGCAACCGCCACCAUGUCGACAAUUGCUCAUUCGCUGCGGGACUACCGCUCGCCGACUCGAUCUCAACUGUUCGCCUAUGCAUUCAACCUUCCAUCAGACCAGGCUCCUAUAGAUGAACUUCCAGCUAUCCUUUCGCUUUCCACUCCAUCGACGGCACCCGAGUAUCAGGAAGACCAAGUCUACGCCGGACGUUUGACCCUUACGGAUGCCUUCCUCUGCUUUGCGAGCUUGGAUCGGAGGAGCUGCCGUAUAUCCUUGCCCCUCUACUGCAUCCGCAGAGUUGAGCGCCUCAAUGUUCAACGCAGCGGGGUAUUUGCGCUUAGCCUGAUUGUAUGGCACGGCAUGAAAAUUAUCGUACAACUCAAUGCUCUCCGACCACAAUGCGAGGCUUUCUGUUCCUUCUUGCGAGACCAGCUCCGAGCUCAGCUUUCGAACAUGAAGAACCUCAAAUCCUUCGUAGGCAAAUGCUGCUCCGAGUACAUGGUCAAGCAAGCUCUAGCGAUUCAGCAUCAACAGCAAAGCGAACACAGUACAGCAAGCAUUCAACCGCCUCCGGACAACACUGACAUGGAAAGUUCUCUUCCAACGCCGGGGCUCAGUGAUGCGGGAACUGCGACGCCGACAUGGGAGAAAGGCGGGGAGAAAAGCGUAUCAGCGAUUGAAGACAUGGCUGGUGCCAAAGAAGGCGAAGACUACCUUGCAGGUUUGGGUGCUACAUUCAAGUAUCCUGGAGACCCUCGCAAACUAAGAGAAAAAUCAAAGAUGAAGCUUUGGCGAGAUUAUCUAUCCACCCACGGCCGCAAUCUCACGCUCACUCGGUAUCCGCAAUUCCUGCGACUCGUUCAGGUCGGUCUUCCUAAUCGCUUGCGUGGCGAACUCUGGGAGCUCACAACAGGCAGCAUCUACCACCGCUUUGCGAAUGUUGGAGAAUACGAACGCAUCCUCAAACAAUACGAGGGUCAGAAGAGCACCAGCACGGAGGAGAUUGAAAAAGAUUUGAAUCGAAGCCUUCCCGAGUACCCCGGUUAUCAAUCGAAGGAGGGAAUCGAGACGCUACGGCGAGUCUUGACUGCUUACAGCUGGAAAAAUCCGGAGCUAGGCUACUGCCAAGCCAUGAACAUCGUAGUGGCUGCCUUCUUGAUCUAUAUGUCAGAGGAGCAAUGCUUCUGGCUACUAGAUGUUCUGUGCGAUAGAUUGCUACCGGGAUACUACACACAAUCGAUGUCUGGUACACUCUUGGAUCAAAAGGUGUUCGAGCACCUGGUGCAGCGCUCUCUGCCCAUGAUCCACGAGCAUCUCAUGGCAACGGACAUUCAGCUCUCCGUCGCUUCGCUCCCGUGGUUCCUUUCGCUCUAUAUCAACCCAAUGCCUCUAGUUUUUGCAUUCAGGAUCUGUGAUUGCUUCAUGGCCAUGGGCCCUCGCGUGCUCUUCCAGAUCGGGCUCGCCAUUCUCAAGAUCAAUGGCGAAGAGCUUUUGAAAGUGACCGAUGAUGGAGCAUUCAUCGGCUUGAUGAAGGAUUAUUUUAAGGGCCUCGGCGACAGUGCGCAUCCGAAUAGCACGAAUCCAAAGCAUCGUCAAAUCACCAAGUUCCAAGAACUGCUCGUCGUCGCCUUCCGAGAGUUUGGUGUCGUCUCUGACGAAACGAUCGCAAGCGAGCGAAGACGUUUCCGCAAAGAGAUUGUCCAGGAGAUUGAGCUUUUUGCGAAACGAUCCGCCGUUAGAAAUCUCUCAGAUUUGGGCAGGUUCACCAAAGAACAAGCAGGUCUAAUCUAUGACCAGCUUGUCGAGGCAAUUUAUCGGGCUAAGCACGCUCCUAUCGCAGGCGCCGAUGAGAAGGGGCGCAACCAAGCGGCGCUCAGUGGCCCACCUCCGGAGCCCAGAGUGGGAGGCGAUGCCACGCAAGACUUCAAAGAGAUGCGUAUCGACCUGAAGACAUUCCGCCUGUUCCUCGGCGAGACCGCCACGUGGGCGCGAGACGAGUAUAUCGUGUCUAAUGGCUUGCAACAGCGCAUCGAGCGUAAAGUGCCCGAGCAUGAGACCAUGGAGAGGCUGUUCAAGUGGUGGGACACAGAGAAAAAGGGCUGGCUGAGCUUGCAAAAUAUUGUGACAGGCUUGAAUGCAAUCAUGAGCGUUGAGGGCCCGCUCGAGGCGAUUUUGUGGCUCUUCCAGAUGCACGCCUCGACGUAUCCAGGCGGCGAUGGGAGAGAAGCGGCCUUGACUCAGACAGAGCUCCUAAAGCUGAGCGAAACCUUGUUAUUCUUCUUCCGCAAUGAGCCCGGGGAUGCGUACCUGGGAGCGGUGAGUAAACUCAUCUCCGAGUCUUACCGGGAAGGCUCGGUUCAGAAUGCGGAGGAGGCAAUUCGAGAUACGAAUGCAUGAUCAGCAUGUAGUAGCUGCACGCCGUUGCUUGCAAUGGCGAGCACCCCCGAGUGAUCGGGUCCGCUUGUAAAGGACAGAGAGACUAUGGACAGUUGCAACGAAACUCUUGCAGGCCAAUCCAUUUUUGCAUGAUUUCUUGGGGUCACCUCAAGGCGGAACACAUGCUGGUAUACCCUUCAUAGCCAAAAAGCAAACAAGCGAUGGCGCCAGCCACCCCCUUCGCUCGCCUGCAUUCAUCUUCUCUCUCUACCUCCUUGUAUCAUCCGUGCAUGUAGCUAGUCUCCUCAGG